CCGCGCCGUGCCGCUCCGCUCUCUUUCUCUUUCCCCCUCUGUCGCUCUCUCGCUCGCUCUCCCCCCUCCCUCCCUCGCUCUCUCGCUCUCCCUCUCUCUCUCCUACACUGCCAGCCCCUGAUGUGAUGGCGAAGAAACCCCGUUGACAAGGCACUGCUUUUUCAUGACGUUGUCAUGGAUGAUGAUGAUGAUGAAUCCUGUCUCCUUGAUCUUAUUGGGGACCCACAGGCACUGAAUUAUUUUCUACAUGGACCUAGUAGUAAAUCUAGCAAUGAAGACUUGACGAAUGCCGAAUAUUCUGUAGCCAACUCAAAUUCAAUUUUUGCCAACUCCAAUAACACUGAUCCUAAGUCAUCUGUAAAAGGUGUAAGCAGUCAACUUGGAGAGGGGCCUAGUGAUGGACUGCAGCUGUCCAGUAGCCUUCAGUUUCUUGAAGAUGAACUUGUAUCUUCUCCUUUACCUGAUCUUAGUGAGGAUCAACCUUUUGAUAUUCUUCAGAAGUCCUUGCAGGAGGCCAAUAUUACCGAACAGACUUUGGCAGAAGAGGCAUAUUUGGAUGCCAGCGUAGGUUCUAGCCAACAGUUUGCACAAGCUCAGCUUCAUCCUUCUUCAUCAGCAUCCUUUACUCAGGCUUCUAAUGUUUCUAAUUACUCAGGUCAGACGUUGCAACCUAUAGGAGUUACUCAAGUGGUACAGCAACCUGUUGGAGCAUCUUUUGCAAGCAAUACAGUCGGUGUGCAACAUGGCUUUAUGCAACAUGUCGGAAUUAGUGUUCCCAGCCAGCAUUUGUCUAAUAGCAACCAGAUUAGUGGUUCUGGGCAGAUACAGCUAAUUGGUUCGUUUAGUAAUCAACCUUCCAUGAUGACCAUUAAUAACCUUGAUGGAUCUCAGAUAAUACUGAAAGGCAAUGGUCAGCAAACACCUGCAAACAUGAGCAGUAGCCUCUUGGUUCAUAGACAAACUCCAAAUGGUAACUCACUGUUUGGUAACUCAAAUUCAAGUCCAGUAGCACAACCUGUAACAGUCCCAUUUAACAGCACAAAUUUUCAGACAUCUGUACCUGUCCAUAAUAUCAUCAUUCAAAGAGGUUUAGCACCAAACUCUAACAAAGUACCCAUUAAUAUCCAACCAAAGCCUAUCCAGAUGGGUCAGCAAACUGCUUACAAUGUGAAUAACUUGGGAAUACAGCAGCAUCAUGUACAGCAAGGGAUUCCGUUUGCCUCCGCAAACUCACCUCAGAGUUCAGUAGUUGGUCCGCAUAUGUCUGUUAAUAUUGUUAAUCAGCAAAACACAAGAAAAUCAGUUACACCUCAGACAGUUAGCAAUGCUGGAGGUAGUAUUGUUAUCCAUUCCCCCAUGGGACAGCCUCACGCACCUCAAAACCAGUUUCUCAUACCUACGAGUUUGUCCGUUAAUUCCAAUUCAGUUCAUCACGUCCAGGCCAUAAAUGGACAGCUUCUUCAGACUCAGCCUUCCCAGCUGGUUCCUAGCCAAGUGUCUGCUGAGCAUGUAAUGCUCAACAGGAACUCCACAAACAUGCUGAGAGCCAACCAGUCGUAUUCCGGGCAGAUGCUGAAUAAUCAGAACACAGCUGUUCAGCUUGUUUCUGGCCAGACCUUCACAGCUCCUGGAAACCAAGUGAUAGUGAACCACGGAAGUUCACAAAUUGUUGGUGGACAGGUGCCACUGCAGCAGGCGUCGCCAACGGUGUUGCAUUUGUCACCCAGUCAAGCAAAUGUUUCUCAAGGUAGAUCGAGUUUUACUACGAUGUCACCUGGGCAGUCUACAGUCUCAAACAUGUCGGCUUCCAAUCGAUUCGCUGCUGUAAGUUCUUCUGGUUCGGUACAUCCUAGCCUGGGACCAUCGGUUCAGUCUGUGGCGUCAGGGGGAAACUUCACUGGAGAUCAGCUCACGCAGAACAGAACUCAAGUUCCCGUCAGCGCAUCGCAUCGUCUUCCAGCAUCCUCUUCCAAAUCUAACAGCACCUUUAGUCACACGUCAGUUGGAGUAACGCAGCAACAGUUCGCCUUUGGUCAGAAAAAAGCUAUGAACCAGACAUCACCAGUUUCUGCAUCGAAGACGCAGGAUAAUUUGAGACAGCCUCAGCUAACAAGUCUUCUGAGCAACACACUAUCAGGACAGGACUCUGGAGGAAAAGUCAUACAGCAGUCUCUAGGAACAGCACAGCCACAAGAAAAAGGAAUAGGAGCAUCUUCAGUUCAGCAGAGUAUACAGGUGGAUGGUCAUUUAGUUGGACAGAAAAGGCCUGCUGCUAAACAGUUAACUAAAGGAGCUUUUAUUCUACAACAAUUACAGAAGGAUCAGGUGAAUGCUGUGACGCCAGAUAAAAGUCAGUUCAGAUCAUUAAAUGAUGCAGUUCAGAGACUCCUUUCAUAUCAUGUGUGCCAAGGAACGCUGCCAACAGAUGAAGACUUAAGAAAAGUGGACAGUGAAUUUGAAUCUGUAGCUACACAGCUUCUGAAGAGGACACAAGCUAUGCUGAACAAAUACAGAUGUUUACUUAUAGAAGAUGCAAUGCGGAUAAAUCCAUCUGCAGAAAUGGUUAUGAUAGAUAGGAUGUUUAACCAGGAGGAAAGGGCAUCUCUGUCCCGAGAGAAGCGUCUUGCACUAGUGGAUCCUGAUGGUUAUCAGGCCGAUUUUUGUUGUUCUGCCAAACAAUUUGAUAAAACAGCUGAUGAAGCACAGACCAGCAAAAGUGACCAUCAGUCUAGCAAAACAUUAUCUUCUCGAAGUCAGACUACCAAAACCCAAGCCAGAGACCGACCAAAAUCCAGCUCAGCAGAGUCCACAAAUCACAGUAAACUUCCUCUAGUGCCUAACAACAUUUUGACACCACAAGAAGGAACAGCUUCUACUAAAAAAUUGGAGAGCCUCACUAAAGCUUUAAGGUUUGAGAAAGCUAAUUGUUCUGAGAGCCAGUACAAGGCCCUUUCUGAAGAAAAGAUGGCUGGUAAAGACCUUAACAAGUCCACUGAGAAUUCUUCGAGUUCUGAAGACUUGUCAAAAACUGUAUCAAGAGGCAGUCAUGGAACACAUAAUAAAAUAUCGAGGAACACAGUUCAGUCUUUCUCAAAGGUAACAUGUAAUAAUUCCCUCAAAGACAAAACUCUGAGGAGCCCUCCAAAGAAUGAGGUUUUACAUCCUGAUAACAUGAAGGGCUCUGGUGAACCCCAGCAAGACUUACUGCUGAGUAAGAGUUUAGAAACAACAUUUAAAAACAUCUUGGAACUUAAAAAAGCUGGGAGACCGCCACAAAAUGAGGCAUCGAGUAGUGGCUCUGUUGACUUAGAAUUUCCUAAUUUUUCACCUAUUGCUUCACAGGAAAACUGCCUGGAAAAGUUUAUUCCAGACCACAGCGAAGGUGUUGUAGAAACUGACUCUAUUUUAGAAGCAGCUGUAAAUAGUAUCUUAGAGUGUUAAUAGUUACAGUACCAUGGACAAGUGAUGUUUCUCUUAGCAGAAGCAAAUGUGAAUGACACCACAAGUACAGCCUGACAUACGUUUAAGGUUAACCUUUCUAAACUAGAUUCUGUUCUGUGUUUGAGAGCAAUACUCAUUGUGGUUACAGUGAGAUAUUCAAGUAAAGUUAAUCCUUGUUAGAAUGCAGUCUGUUAGGGCCUUACUAUUUCAAGUAUUAUUAUGAUAGUGCUUUUGAUAAUUGUGCAGUACUGCAACAUAACAAGGUUGCAGGUCGUUAGGCCCUAUGUAACAUGGUAAUAUACUGACAAUCACAGUCAUUUGAAAGGAUAUAUUUAUUAAGAAAAUGUUUUUAAAAAGUGAUGGAAGCAACAAUUCUCCCCUACCCUCCUUUUCCACAAAUCAUCAGAUUUUUGAGUUGUUCUGGAAACCCACUGUACCUCUAUUCAGAAGUGAUAAUUUGCUUUGUUAAGGAACCUGUGUUUUAGGAUUCUUAAGUCGGAAGGAUGUCAUCAGUGUGUUUACAAGGCUUCAUAAUUUAAACUUAAAGUGCUUUUCUAUUGCUUUCUGAGCAGAAACUAGUACUCGAUAUAUUUGUAGUGGGUAAGUUUAGUCUGUGGGAUGAUAUUAUAUGAUCUUAGUCACAGUGGCAUGAUAUGAAGUAAUAAAUGCUUGACUAAGGAAGGUAGAAUGGAAGCCAAUGAAUGGCAAAGUGUACAGGAUGAGGCCAUGAUAGAGCCAUGAAUUUAUAUAUAUAAUACAUAUAUAUGUUAACUCUUGAGGAAGAGAUUUUGCAUUUUAUAAUUGGAUGUAGUCAGCCUUGAGUCUUUCUGAAGUGGUAUAAAUGUUUUUUUUUAUUUGUUGUUUUUUCUUUUUUUUUGUUGCUGUUUUUUUUAAGACCAAGUGUCAAAAGCACUUUUAUUUGAGAACUGUUAUGAUAUUUGUAGCUUAUAUUUUAAGAGGACAUUAGCCUUACUCUGAUGAAAUUUAAAGGCCAGUGUUUAUUUUUGUUUUUUUGCUUUUUUCUGUCAGAGAAUGUUAAAAUCAUCCACUGUAGCAGUCAUAAUUAUCAAGAUAUGUACAGACCAAAGUCGAUCAGCAAUCCCAUUGUUAAAACAUAUCUAAAAGUGUGUAAUUAUUAACUCCUAUUGUAGAGCCAAGUGAAACCAUUGCAUGGUUUGUAUUUGGCUCACUGUCAUGUUAAUAAGAUAGAACCUUAUUAUUUUAUUUAUUUAUUUUAAUCUAUGCCAUCUUUCCUUUUGCUGCCUGUGCUGCUUUUUCUGAGUUUACUUUGGUCAUAAGUGCUUUUGUGCACAUAAGUACGCUGACAUUAGUCACGUGCAUGUAGUACAUAUGUCUGCUCAGGAGGAUAUAGCUUUUGUGAUUUCUAAGGUAUGCUUAUAUUCUCCCCCAGACCUUCCCCACAAUUUCUUAGAGAAAUUACCAGCCAUUCUUCAGACUUACUGAUUGCAGUUUUCAUAAUCUAGAGGCUCAUCGUGACAAACUGUGGUUGUCAGUUAGAUUGCCAGGAAAGAAAACAAAAGGUAGAGUUUUGCUAUCAUGUAACUCAGUGCAUCUGAAUAGUGCAAAAGAAAGCAGAAUUAGAUCCUUGCGACAGUAGAUCACAGUGCAACUCAGUAUUGAGCUACAGUCCACUGUCUGACCACUAAAGGAAACCAAAUCUAGAAAGCAACAUGAGAAAGAUGAACUUGUUUAAAAUUCAUUUUCCCUUCAAAGUGAAUAGAAAUACUGUUUUUUGUAUGUUACUAAUUGCCAUUUAAAAAAAAAAUUGUGCCAAUUUUAAAGUACAUGUUUGUAAAAUCCCAACAUUCCCAAGUGUUGUAGAAGAUAUUCAAAGUAGUAAGUAUUGCCAGUUUUAAAUUUUUAGUUAGGUGUCCAUAGAAUAGACUCUCAGGCAGUUAGUUGUUUUCUUAUUGGCAAAACUGACAAUAUAGUCUUCACCUAUUGCCUUUUUAGAUUUAAUAAUAUGCUUAUGGCUGUGUAUCAUGAUGCGUUUGUGUUAUGAUUUUUGGAAAUUGAACCAUUCUAAACUAUCUGGGAAGGAAAACAGUAAGUUACACAGCUGUAUGUUAACUAGUUAAUUUUUUCUUUUAUAGGAAAAAAAAAGUUGCACAUUCAUGGAUUCACUUGAUUUUUGUACCACCUCAAAAUGGGUACAGCAUCUGUACAGCAAAUACAUAGUUGACGUAUCAGGCUAUGUGUCUUCUAUUGGAUCUUAUUUGGGGAUGGGGGACAAUGGAUAUAAAAAGUGACAAAUUACAAAAAAAGUAAUCACUGUUGAUUUGGUCAGACACAUUUCUCUGAACUACUUGCGAAAGGAACCCUGUGAACAGUCCUAGCAAGAUAAAUGUUGAAUUGUUCAUGUUCUGUUGUUUACUCCUUUGAAUUCAAUUCUAAAGGAAUUCUGGUACGUGGUGAAGCAGUAAAUGAAAGAAUUGUAUUUUUUGUUGUGUUUGAAAGAAAAAAGUAUAAAUUAAUCAUAUGGAAUCAAAUCCAGCAAAGUAUUGUGAAUGUGCAUGAUUUUAGACAUGUUUUCAUUAUUUUGCUGGAUCAGCAUUGUGAUUUCAAUGUUAUUUAAUACUGCCUAAUAUUAAAACAAAUUUUGAACUGGCAAUUAAGAAAAAUAUGUUCAUUUUGAAGAUUUUAGUAUAAUUUAUCUGUUAGAUUAGGGAGGCCUUACAGACUGACUUCACUUAAAGAGGAUGUGUCACUUAUUGUCAGUGUGGUAUGGACUUUAUUUGCUUAAAUACCUUCAUUUGUAAAGUAUGUCUCACUUGAAAUUGCUUUGUAUACAUUUUGUAAAAAUAUUUAUAAAAUGUUUUGUAAAAAAAAAAAAGUAUAACAAAUUGCAGUUUAUUUUGUUAUGUUGGAUAAAUACUGUUAAAAGACACAAGUCAGUAAAUAUAUUGUUAAUCCAUGGAUAGGAAAUGUUUAGUUGGAGAUUACAAAUUGAAACAACCAUUGCAAUACAGCCAAAGAUUUGGGAA